AGGCAUCUGCCCACAGCCACUCCCCCCCCUCCCUCUUCCUCCUCCUCCUCCUCUUGUCUCUGCGUCUCAUUGUGACACGGCCGCUCUCUGAUUGGAGCAACAGGAGCCAGUCUGAACGAGGGAAUGGCAGACAUUGUAGCUCCAUCUGUUCUGCCACUCAUUGUCCAACUUGCCUCCUUGUGUGGAGAGAAAACGCCGAGCGGAAAGGCUGGAAGUUUGGACGCUCCGUAUUUCGGCUCCAGCCAAACACAGAAGCCAGCAUCGGACGCAGCGGCCGUGCGAACUUGGGCGACUUGUUCCAGUUCGGGUUUCACCUGCAGCGUCCGCCCGUCUGUUUUUCCCCAAGGAUUUAAAUAUGUGGAGAUGAGCUGGUCGAAUUUGCUUUCUUCUUCUUCUUUUUUUUUUUUAAGCCUGGCACCGAUGAGUCGAGCUUUGUGAGAGGGCAGCGGUCAGCCCGGUGUGCUGGAUGUCUGUGACAAAUCCAUGGGUCAGAAGGACCAUGUGGAGGCAGGAGCGGGCCACAUCCUCGACGUAUCCUCGGGGCUGGAUUUGGAGUAUCUCCACGUAGCGGGGGCCGACCGGCAGGCUGGCGGCACCGACGGGCCCCCCGUUAUGGAGGAGCAGGGGGACGGCUCCGCCGGUUGCCCUCCGCAAACGGUUGCGCAAGAGGAUAACGGCGGGUCGGACGCGGAGUGCGAGUCGUCCUCGUCCUUGAGCCCCACCCUCGCCGCAGGCACCGACUCGGACGGAGGAGAAGGAGCGUCGGCUCACGGUAAGAGCGCCCACCAGCCGCUCUGUCGGACCCCGUGUGUGGACCUAGGCACCGACGGUCCUCCUGAGCCCCCGUCUGAAGCAUCAGUGGAGCUUGAGCAUGGCGCCCUUACUCAGUCCCCAUUUGAGCACCCGCCAGAACCUCCACCCACGUCAGCACCAGCUUCUGAAGCUGGUGGGAAGGAGUACCAGGCUAAGCUGGAGUUCGCCCUGAAGCUAGGCUACUCUGAGGAGACGGUGCGACUGGUUCUGUCCAAGCUCGGGCCCGACACCCUCAUCAACGACAUACUCGGAGAGCUGGUCAAACUGGGAACCAAAUCCGACGGCGAGCAGCCCGCCACGUCGCUCGCCUCUACCUCGUCCUCUUCUUCCUCCUCGUCCUCCUGCGGUUGUUCGGACGUGCUGGACGGCCAGCGGUCGGACUCGCCCUGUCUUUCAGACCCCACAUGCGACCAGGACAACCUGCGGCCGAUCGUGGUGGACGGCAGCAACGUGGCCAUGAGCCAUGGCAACAAGGAGGUGUUUUCCUGCCAGGGCAUCCAGCUGGCUGUGGAUUGGUUCUUAGAGCGUGGACAUCAUGACAUCACCGUGUUCGUGCCGGCGUGGAGGAAGGAGCAGUCCCGCCCCGACGCCCCUAUAACAGAUCAGGAGAUCUUGCGUCGCCUUGAGAAGGAAAAAAUCCUCGUCUUCACUCCCUCGCGGCGCGUCCAAGGUCGCCGCGUGGUCUGCUAUGACGACCGCUUCAUUGUCAAGCUGGCCUAUGAGUCAGACGGCAUCAUCGUCUCCAAUGACAACUACAGGGACCUGGCUAAUGAGAAGCCGGAGUGGAAGAAGUUCAUAGACGAACGCCUGCUCAUGUACUCCUUCGUUAACGACAAGUUCAUGCCGCCGGAUGACCCUCUUGGUCGCCAUGGCCCCAGCUUGGACAACUUCCUGAGGAAAAGACCCGUCAUGCCUGAGCAGAAGAAGCAGCCUUGUCCCUACGGAAAGAAGUGCACUUACGGCCACAAGUGUAAGUACUACCACCCUGAAAGAGGCGCUCAGCCUCAGCGAGCCGUGGCUGAUGAGCUGCGCGCUAGCGCCAAGACCUGCGUCACCUCCAAGAACCAGGGGGACGCCGGGCUGGUGAAGAGCCACAGCGUGCCAGCGGGCAGCAUUGAGGCCAAGAAGGGUGCCCCGAAAAGGCAAUCGGACCCCAGCAUCCGGGCCCUGUCGUACAGCGAUGCUGAGGAGAAGCUGCUGGCUAAAGGGCGGGCAGAAGGCCAGAAGAACAGCAUGUGUGGUGGCGGCGGAAGCAGCGGCAGCUCCAACAGCAGCAUUAGCUGCGGUGGAAAUAUACCCAUGUCCUCGGCCCCUGGAGGCCCUCCAUCCGGUCUUACCCUUCUGCAGGAGCAACAGUCCAGAGCCGUGACACCUCACAGUCACCUGCCACCGCCCGGCCACGACCUUUAUCCUCACUGCGAGUCUCCAGACUUAAGCUACUACUCAGUAACACGUGCGUACUCCGGCCUGAGCCUCUCCUCCAGACGGAGCCCGGACUGCCGCUUCCCCAAUGACACGGACCUGCGUCUGGGCUCAAUGGGCUCAGCGGGCUCCGAAUGUGGCAGCGAGAGCAGCGUCAGCUGUGGGAGCAGCUGCGACUCGUACGGCGAGCGGUCGUGCCUGGGGUGUCCCCCCGACACCUUACUGGAAGACGGCAUCCACUUCGCCAAUCCCCACGGCCGCCUCUACUCCCACCACGCCGCGUCAAACCACGAACUUUGCGGCCUUCACCCAUCUGAAUACACCAACAUCCAGCACAGCCACGGAUCUAAUUCGGGAGUACACGCCUACCACCUGAGCGCAGCACGUGGGCAGAGCUGUGCUCAUGAUGCGCCCCAACCGGAGGCCCCUCCAAAGCGCCCCCUUUACCCUCUACCCCCUCAUCUCCAACACCAGCCGCUGGCUGCGCGAUCCAGCUGCCCGGGCGACUACCACUCCCUGCCCCAGUCCAACCCUCACCCCCCAGGGUCUCCUCUUGGUCGCUGCCUGGCCCCGACGCGAGCAGAGAGCGUGUCCGACUCGCACCUGUACGAACAUCUUUCAACGUCGCAUCAUCACCGCCGGCCGAAGGCGUUGCCCAGCUGGGACACGUACUACAGGCAGCCCCCGGUGCCCCCGUCCAGGUACGAGCCGCCGACCUAUCAGAGCCUGCCGGACACCCGCCAGUCCUCGUGGAACACUCCCCCGUGGGCGCAGGACGGCUACUCCCAGCUCCACUCCUCUCACCCGGCCCUCCACCCGUCCCCGACGCGUUACCUAAGCCACCCGCCUCCUCCUCCGCCGCCGCCGCCCCACUCGUCCGGCGCUCCCCUCUCGCAUUACCCACCCCACAGCUCUCACCUCACCAUGCCCUCCCACACCCCUCCCUCCUACAUGCCGCAGCACCCGGAGUCCCCCGCGCACGGCCGCUACGGGGACAUAAGGGAGAAAGUGUACGUCAACCUGUGCAACAUCUUCCCGCCGGAGCUGGUGAGCCGGGUGAUGGCCAGGAGCCCCCACGUCACGGACCCCCAGCAGCUGGCGGCGGCGAUCCUUGCAGAGAAAGCUCAGACGGGCUACUGAGGAGAGGCGCAGGGAUAAAGUUUCUUUCUUGUGACAUUAAUGAGACAAACGCGUACGAUUCAAGGACAUGAAAUGCUGACGAUAAUCCAAAUUCCUGCUCUGGUCACCACGCAGCAACAAGCGCUUGGUUUAAUCUGUGACUCAAAGUGUGACGUGGGGAGAUUGUUCUUGAACUGCCUGGUUAUUCCUUUUUUUUUUUUUUUUUUGUUAUUUAUACCGAAGCUCAAUGCGUCUUUCGCACAGAGGACUAGUUGUGCAUCGAAUUCAAAAGGCACUUUUUUUUUUUUUUUGAAGUUUUACAGCCGAUUUGGGACAUAAUGUUGGUAUACGUCAACUAAAAUGAAGGAUCGGUAGUGACGUCUCCCGCCUUUGUGACCAGAUUCGGAUUUUUUUUAUGGAAUACACUCACACGCUGUGUAUUAUACACUAUAUUUACAUUUCAGACCUGCGUCAAUCGGUGUUUGAAAACACAUGGGGAGCAGAAUCUGAGGAUUUUCUCACCUGGAAGUCACUUAACAGAUGUUUCAAACUAUUUAACUUCAGUCCGUUUUAUCUCGAUCUCUUAAGUGUGUGUUGUGUAGACGUUUGUGUCUUUUUUUGUUUGUUUUUCCAUCGGUGUCGGAAAGCUAGUCGUCUUAUUUGAGAUGGCUUUGAGUUUUUUGGUCAGAGUUGUAGCUGUAGAGAUGGGUGACCCUGUCGUGUGUACCUUAGUUUUAGUAAGGGACAUCUCUCUCGCUUUCUCUCUGGCCCUUUAAUUUGGGUCAACUCUGGCAUCUGCUACAGACAAGGACAUCCGCCAUCGGUUAAAUGAAUCCUGUACGUAGUGUAAAUAUAUUUAACAGACUCCUCUCCUCUGCUGGGCUUUUUUUUUGGCUAACAGCGCCUACUGUCGUCUGUAGCAGAUCCCAGCUGAAUCCAUGCUAGACAGAGAAAAAACCUUGUUUGAUACAAAUUGUAUCAUUAACUAAGUCGCUGGUGUUAUAUACAGUACAUGGACUUGUGGAUCCGUAUCUAUUAAACACUCUUGAUGUAUUGCUAUAUGAUGAAGUGCAUUUACGACAGUUCUGUUCCGACUGAGAUGUUCCAACUUUUAACCUUGUGGAAGAAGCUUUGAGACAAUUAUUUCACAUAUGUUAUUAACGAAAAAGGAGUUGUGUGCCUACUAUGUUUAGGUGUCGCAACCCUUUUACGUGUGCUUAUGGGUUUGUAGCUGGCUUUUUUUUUUUUUUUUUUUUUUAAAAAAAGCAAAUUAGUUGAGGUUGGGCUUUUUUUUUAAUCCUUCGAAUUAAGCAGAUAUACCUGAAAAUGUAAAUCUAUGCUUGAAAUGAUUAACCGAUCUAUAUUUGGGUCAGCGGGACGUCCCAUGGCGGCCAUUUUGAACGACUUUACUGUAUUAGCUUUGACGAAAACGCAUCCAGGCACCAGUUAAAUCUUAAUGACGCAGAAGUUAGAAAGCUAGCCUCUAGAUUAAGAAAACGGCUAGCCCAAGUUGAGCACUUACUAAGCUAACGCUAACAUUAGCGAGCUAAUUUUAGCUAACACUAAAAAGUAACAUAAAUAAUCAUUUAGUUUAAAUUGAUAAUUAACUUUGCUCCAGUUCUUUAAAGCGUAGACUGAUUAGCACUCUACAUGACUGAAGUAUUCAAAAUGGCCGUCAAGGAAUUAAAAAAAAAAAUCUUGUGAGUUUGUCAUCCAAUUCAUCACAAGCCAGCUACUUACAGCCCAACGGUUCACUUGCCAUCACACGUGUCACAUUGUACCAAUAUGUAUAAUUGUGCACCGGCACGUGCAGCUGAUGAGAGCGAACCUUUGCGUGUAUUGAAGAAGCGCCUUCUCUCUGGCCUCCUGGCACCGUGUGACAGCGUGGCACCCGAGCGUGGGCCCAAAGUAAUGCCUCUAAAUGGCAUUGUGCUUAUGACACAUCCGAUACUCUGAACUAUGUUCAGCAAACUGUUAUGCAUGUUUUGAUUUGUUUUCCGUUUUCUGCAUGUGAACCUGUGUUUGAAUUGUACACGCGUUUCCGUGUCUUUGGAAGUCCGUCUCGUGAUAACGUGAUGCCCGUACACAAAUACGACUGCCUGUAAAUUUUUUCCACUUGUUUCUGUGUAAAGUAUAAAAUGCUGUGCCGCUCGACAAUUACGUCAAAGGAUCAAGAUGCAUGUCACGGAGAGCGUCCUGCCUUUCUUAACACCUUUACUGUUGGAAGUGAGCUCAGCCGUACACAACAGCCCAUCAAUAUUACAGUGCUGCACAGGCCACUGUACUCUGGUAGUAAAAAACAAAACAAAAAACAAAACCUUUUCACACAAUCUUUACAUUUUUGCAGUAGAAUAAGAUAAGUCUUGAAUUCAAUAUUGUAACAUUUUCAACUGUAACUUGUUCAUUAAAGAGAGUACAGUUAAAAACAUGUGGUAUUUAUUGGAGGUUAAUAUCAGUCACUGCUAUUACUUGUGAUUUAAUGUAAUGACUAGUCGACUGUCGUUAUAAAACAGUCAGUUUUGCAAAAUGUCACAAUAACAGAUGAAUUCAGUGGGAUGUGGUUUCCGCUCUAACAUGAGUAAUGGUGUCGGUUUCCGUUUUGGAAAAAAUAAGUUUCAAAAUGAAAUGUUACUUUCAUUUCGACCGAAAAUCAUCACCGUGUUUGGGAUAAUUCUGAGUGAUUAUAAUAUAGAGAAUAGAGAAGAAAUUCCAAGGACUGUUUCAAUAGGGCUGGGCGUUAUGACCAAAUAUAGGAUGAUUUUACUGCGAUAAUGAGUAAAUAUUAUAAAAUAAAACCACACUAGGGAAAAAAAAAAGUUGAAAGAUGAAAUAAAGAAACGGGGUGAAUUACUUAUUUUGAUAUAUUUAAACAUGUUUAAACUGCUAUGUCUAUAAUGUCAAUAGUAGCGUGACCCGGCUACCGUAAUAACUGUAAUAUGCGCGCAACAUUUUUUUGUUUUCAUUCAUAAAAAGACAAAAUUGGGGACAUUUUCAUGGACAGCUUUAACCAAGGGACUGGUCAUUUAAAACGGGGACUGUCCCUAGAAAUCGGUUUUAGGGUGUCUGGUCACCCUAAAAAAAUGAAAAAACAAAACAACAAAAAAAAACAAGUCUCCUUGUUCUGCCGCUUCGUUUAUUUCCAUUUUCCUCGUGAUGAUGACAAAGUGCGACAUUAAAAAAUGGUCCAGUCUGCGUUCCAAAAGUAAUCAAAUACAUCGGUAUAUUAAAAUUUCAUUUCAUAAUGAAAAAAAAUACCAAUUUUCUCUAUGAACCAGUAUACCGCCCAGCCCUAUGUUUCGAUAAGGACAUUAUCUGGUGAAUUUUUUUUGAUUUUGUCUACAAUUAAGAGCAUAAUAUAGAAUGUAAAUGAAUUAUUUUUUUAAAUCAACAUUAAAUAAACCUAUGAUUCAAUAACUUGCAUAAAGUCCUCGUACUGGAAUACAAUGCUAUAAUAACAUUAACAGACAAAACACAGUCAAAAUUUAAAACUUUUUAUUUGGGAACCAAUGGACUGCAAUCCACCUGUGCCUUCUAUCUUAAAGAAUACUAAGAUGAACAUAAGGAUGGAAAAAAUAAACAAAAGCGAAGCAAAACGUGACAGCUGGUGCCAGAGCAGGCGUCACCACGGAGCCGCCUUCAUUGGAGGGGACAGGCAGACGAACUGAAGCCUUAGCGGUCUAACGUGGAGAGUGUGGAGGGAGGGAGGGGGGGACACGUCAGCUAGAGUUUUCCCCUCCAAUGAAGCCGUGUAAUACAGUGAUGCGCGCCGCUGGUUUAGGGUCUUGGAACACAAUGCAAAAAUAUGAGCUGGAAGCACAGGAUCGUUUUCUUGACCUGCUAUGGCAAACACAAUACUAACAACGGACGCUGAAGCUAAACACAAAAGGCGGGCUUCAGCGUCGCGUUCCAUACAAGUGCUUUAACUUUAAAACUAUUAAAAAAUAUCAACCUACACCAGCUGUCAAGUAAAGCAAAUAAUACCAUAAACAUUUUUCAUCGUAUUGUUAAUAAUAAUAAUAAUUAUAA